GCAGCACGGACUAUCAUAAAUCAUGGGAAUCUAUCCUAUCCUAUAUCUGGGUCUUUCUCUGUCACUGACAUUGAGUCACGCUCUCUUCAGAGGCGAAAGGAGGACGCAAAAUAAACUACUACUUCUUUCUUUGGAUGGUUUUCGGUGGAAUUAUGACCAGGACGUUGAAACUCCGAAUUUUCAAAAGCUGGUCAAAGAAGGCGUGAAGGCAAAAUAUGUUACUCCUGCCUUCAUUACAAUAACCUCCCCAUCUCACUUCACUCUGGUAACAGGAAGAUAUAUCGAGUCUCACGGAGUGAUCCACAACAUGUGGUUCAACACCACCAGUGGACUGAAGAAGCCAUAUUACCAGACACAAGGUGUCAAUGAUUACUGGGACAAUGGAACCCUUCCAAUCUGGAUCACUGCCCAGCGUCAGGGUUUAAGGACUGGUUCGAUACAUUUCCCUGGAACCAAGCCCAGUUACGAUGGAGAUAAUAUUUACAUGAAGGUGGUGGAGCCUCCGAUGUACAACUAUAGGAAUGAAACAGCCUGGAUAGAGAACAUCAACAUGGUGAUGAGAUGGUUUGCCGUGGAUAAUCUAGACUUUGUCACACUCUAUAUUAGUGAACCAGAUAUCACUGGCCACAAGUUCGGACCAGAAUCGGAAAACAGAAAAGCAGUGGUGCGGAAACUGGACAAGACACUGGGCUAUUUACUGGAAAGUAUAGAAAAGUUCAACUUGAAAUCCAAACUCAACGUGAUUAUUACUUCGGACCACGGAAUGGCGACUGUGCUGAAAGAGCCAGCGGUGAAUGAAAUUGUUCUGGGGAGAGUCUCCAACUUUUCAUUCAAAGACCUCGAUUUCGAUUUGGUUGAUUAUGGACCCACUGGUAUGCUGCUGCCCAAGGAAGGACAGUUGGAGAAAGUGUACCAGGCUCUCAAAGGUGCUCAUCCACACUUGCACGUCUUCAAAAAGAAAGAUUUACCAAAAAGACUGCGAUAUUCCAACAAUGACAGAAUUCUCCCCAUUAUCUUGUUUGGUGACCUUGGUUACGUUAUUCAUGGGAGAAUCAAAGUCCAGUUUAACAAAGGCGAGCAUGGGUUUGACAAUCAGCAUAUGGACAUGAAGACUAUUUUCCGUGCAUUUGGUCCGGAUUUCAAGAAGAAUUAUUUGGCUGAGCCAUUUGACAGUGUAAACAUUUACUCAUUAAUGUGUGAACUUCUAAACAUCCAACCUGAACCAAAUAAUGGAUCGCUGGAGUAUACCCAAGAAAUGCUGAAUUACUACCAGAGCACCAGUGACGUUACCAACUCAACAUUGUUUCAGCUGGUUGUGGGUUUAUCAGUAGUGGUUGGUUUGCUGGUUCUAGCUGGUCUUGUAGUUGGCGUUUAUUCCUUUAUGAAGAGAAGGCAAGAGAAUUAGUGAAAAAUGAACAUCUGAAACAAACAAAAUCUAAGAUGAACUUUUUCACCUUACAACUACAACAAUUUGUUCUCAGCUGUGUUAAUGUUGAAGAUCUGUGUUCCUUAUUGUUCCUCUUUUACAUGUGGACCAUUUGUAAAUUAAAACUGGAAAUUAAUUUUAAUCUAUAUUCUCUUUUUUUCAUAAACUGUUAUUGAUUUACAGAUAUAAGCUGCAGUGACUGGAGUCUCCACAACUGUGAAAUUAAAGUAAUUAGUGGAAAGAAAAAAUCAUGAGGUUUUGAACUUAAAUUGACAGUUGGGUUUUGGUGAUUUUUUCACUUGGGGAAUUGGCACCAAUUAAAAAAGCUUUUUUUUUUAAUGAUACACUUGUUUCAACUUGACCAAGUUGGCAUAUUGAACCAAGUAGCCAGUCCCUAUGCUAUGCUGUUGUAUGUUCUAAAUGACAUACAAACUUUAUUUAAAAUAUAUUCCUGAAGCUCAUUCCUGAAGAUCUUUUCAGUCUAGGAUGAUAUGAAAAUUGACGUGGAAACACCAGCAAAUAAAGCAAUAAUGCUUUUCAUAAUGGUUGCAAUUUUUAGUCCACUUUGCACUGGAACUACUCAAUAGAUGCGCAGGAACUCCAGAUGUUGGUUUAAACAGAAGAUAGACACAAAAAAGCUGGAGUAACUCAGUAAGGCAGCAUCUUUGG